GCGGGAACACCCAUGGACUCGAUGAUAGAGCGCUGCGUGGAAGAGAUCUCUUCGACAGUGCUGGACGCGGGCGAGCCAAUCUCGUACCGAACGCUCAGCAUCCGAUCGCAAGUCCCCAUCACCUUCAGUGUUGAGGCGCUGUCCAAGUUCUCGGCCGACAAUGACAACGUCAAAGCGCUGCAUGUGCUGAUCAAGCGUGCAACCAUCGGCAAUGACAGCGACAAGUCAGAAACCGCUGUCGCCAAGCGCGACUCGAGGGCUCGUGUGCUAUCUCUAUCUGUGGAUAACCAAGAUAAGGCGGACGACAUUCUUUGCCAGCAGAUCUAUGCGCUCUACGGCGAUGCAGCUGACAAUAGAGACCAAGUGACGACGAUGACAACGGCAUGCUGGGCACAGGAGCGCCAGGCGCGCAACGACGUGCUUGGUAGUGUAGCAAAGCAUGCGCCGCUGUCUGCAGCAGCUAAGGCGCUGUACGCGAGCGGCAUCAAGUGCGCGGAGGCAACAGCACGCCAAGACUUUGGUGACGGCCAGGGCGAGGAGACCAUCUCGGCCUUCGACGCCAUCAAUGCGUCAGCCAAGAAGAAGCCCUCGUCUAAUUCGUUCUUCAAGAGCAGCGGCAAGACGGGUUUCUCCAAGGCCAGUAGCUCGAGGAAUGGAAGUUCUAAACCAACGACUAAGCCCGAAGCCAAGAAGCUGGACAUGAGCAACGUGCUGACGGUCGACAGUGAUGACGACGAGGACGACGAGACGGAUGCUCCUGUGUUUGUCAAGAAGACCACAACUAAUAAGAGAAUUAUCAGCGACGAUGAGGAUGAAGAGGACGAAGCUCCGGCACCAAAGAAAUCCAACACACCGGCACCUAAAAGUCGCAACGUGAAGCGGAAACUGAAUGCGUCGCCAGCGGAGGCCAAAAAGGCAAAGCAAACGGAAGAAUUGGAAGAAGAGACGCAGAAGAAGCAGCGUGUGGAGUCCGAGGACGAAGACGAAGUCGUUGAGGAGCCCGUUGUCGCAACCAAGAGACAAGUGCUCGUCACCAAGACGCGCAUCAACGAGCAAGGCUACAUGGUCACGGAGAAGACGUACAAGGAGGUGGAACUGACACAGGAAGAGAUCGAAAACGAGCAGAAAGCAGCCAAGAAGAAACUGGAGGAGAAGAAGAAGAAAUCGGCUGCUGAGAAGGCUGCCAAGGCCAAGAAAGAAGCCAAAAAGCACAGUGGUCCGCCUAAACAGCGCGACCUGCGCUCCUUCUUCUCGGCCAAAUGA